AUGACUGUUACUAAGGCUACGAAUAUUACUUGGCAUGCUAACUUGAGUUACGACGAGCGGAAGGCGUUGAGGAAGCAGGACGGGUGUACCGUUUGGCUGACUGGUCUGAGUGCGUCCGGUAAGAGUACCAUAGCGUGUGCUCUGGAGCAAUUGCUUUUGCAGAAAGGGUUGUCUGCGUACAGGCUGGACGGUGACAAUAUCAGGUUUGGCUUGAACAAGGACCUGGGGUUCUCUGAGGCGGACCGUAACGAGAACAUCAGGAGAAUCAGCGAGGUGUCCAAGUUGUUUGCUGACUCAUGCACCAUAUCGAUCACAUCUUUCAUCUCGCCAUACCGCACAGACAGAGACAAAGCAAGAGAACUGCACAAAGAGGCGGGUCUCAGAUUCAUCGAAGUGUUUGUAGACGUCCCAUUGGAAGUCGCCGAGCAAAGAGACCCAAAGGGCCUGUACAAGAAGGCCAGACAGGGCAUCAUCAAGGAUUUCACCGGUAUCUCUGCGCCAUAUGAGGAGCCGGCCUCACCAGAACUGCACUUGAGAACCAACGAGAAGUCCAUCGAGGAAUGCGCUGCCAUCAUUUAUGAUUACUUGACAAAGGAAAAAGUCAUCCCAGACAACACCAUAUAA